AUCUUUUUAGCAGCCGCCCCUCUUGCUCUUGGAUUGGUGCGUUUGUCUCAUUGCUUCUCUCGAGAGAAGAAAAGUAACAUGGCGGCGACCUUGCGGGCUGCGAAGUGGUUUUUGCAGGUUCCAAGGAAGGUGACUCCACCAUUGUCUCGUUCAGUAUUCCAAAUAGGAAGGGAAGAUUCAAACAAUCCUAACUGGAUAAGAGUUGGCCUGAGUCUUUCUUCAACUGUUCUAUUAUGGGUUAUGCUUAUCAGACACCAUGAUUAUGAAGUGGCAGAAUAUGAAAGGAGAAAAAAAGAACAAGAUUCUUAAUGCCAAUCUGAUUGUUAUG